GCCGUCCUCUGCGAGGUUGCUGUGGGAGACGAUGCUCACCAGUAAACACAAGGAGGCUCUGAUGGAAGUCCGACGCCACCUGGUGGAGGCGGCCACCAAAGAGAAGCUGCCAAUCAAGAUGAGUAUGGGUCGCGUGACCCCCGAUCAGCUGUGUUCCUAUGUGAAGUUGUUCCGGAGCAGCUGGGAGGCGCUAGAGAGUCACUGCGGGGUGCUUCAGCUGGGCUUGGCCACGGCCCAAACGCUCCGACACCCCAACUUGGCCCGCUGGGAUUCCUGCCUGGGUUUCGAAAGGCUGCUGCUGCAG